CCCGGGAGGAGGCCAAUGCAGCUGGCGCCUCCUCCCCUGCGGAGGGAGGCGAGCGUCCGCGCGGGGCUACCCCGAGGCGAGCAAAGGGCGCGGAGCUGCUGGGGGCGCCCGAAGGCGGCGGGGAGAGCCCGGCCUUGGCGGGGUUGGGACGCGGCGGGAGGGGGCGCAGGGCUGAGGGAGCCCCGGACGGCGGGAGGCGCCUUCCCCUGCCUGCCUGGCUCGGGCGGGGGAGCAACUCGGUGCAGAGGAAGGAAGCGGAGGGGGACCCCUCGCGGCUGCCUGGCUGGCUGCCCCGGGCCGGGAGGGCGGCUCGCCAGAGGCGGGGGCAGGGGAGCUUUUCAACUUCCCCUCUGCCGUGAGCCCUCACCCGCCGCCAGCCGGCCGGCAGGCCCCUCCCUCCGGGCGAUGCGGGGCCGGGCCGGGUGCGGUGCCACUUGCCCGCCGCGCCAGGGGCGCCCCGCAGAGCCGUGAGCCCGCCGCUCUCCCGCUGCAGAGGCUCCGCCUCGACUCUCGCCGCCGGCCAUGGGGGGCAACCUGGGCUGCCACCGCUCCAUCCCGCGGGACCCCUCGGACCUGUGCCACAGCCGCAAGUUCAGCGCGGCGUGCAACUUCAGCCACAUCCUGGUCAACCAGGAGCGGCUGAACAUCAACAGCGCCACGGAGGAGGAGCUCAUGACCCUGCCCGGCAUCACCCGGCCGGUGGCCCAGAGCAUCGUGGAGUACCGCGAGUACAUCGGGGGCUUCAAGAAAGUGGAGGACCUGGCGCUGGUGAGCGGGGUCGGGGCCGCCCGGCUGGAGCAGGUCAAGUUCGAGAUCUGCGUGAGCAGCAAGGGCAGCUCGGCCCAGCACUCGCCCAGCUCCCUCCGGCGGGACCCCGGCGCCGAGCCCCCGCACCUGGCCGCCGCCGCCGCCAGGCUCAACAUCAACACGGCCACGCCGGCCCAGCUCAUGAGCAUCCGCGGCGUGACGGAGACGAUGGCCCAGCGCAUCGUGGGCUACCGCCAGGAGCACGGGCCCUUCCGCAGCAUCGAGGACCUGGUGAAACUGGACGGCAUCAGCUCCUCCUUCCUGGACAAAAUCCGGCACCAGGUGUUCACUGAGAGGUCGCGGCCCCCUUCCACCAACACCAACGGGGGGCUUAACUUCACCGUCAAGCCUCACCCCAGCCCCACCUCCCUGAGCCUGCAGAGCGAGGACUUGGAUGUCCCACCCGGCGGCCCCACCCAGCUGAUCUCCACUCGCCCCUCGGUGGAGAUGUUUGGCGGGGUGAGAGACGGCAAGCCCGUGCUGAGGGUGGCCACUUGGAAUCUGCAAAGCUGCUCCCUGGAAAAAGCCAACAACCCUGGCGUGCGAGAGGUGGUGUGCAUGACGCUGCUGGAAAACAGCAUCAAGCUCUUGGCAGUACAGGAGCUGGUCGAUAGAGAUGCUCUGGAAAAGUUUUGUAUGGAGUUGAACCAGCCGACUCUGCCAAACAUCCGUAAGUGGAAGGGCCCUAGAGGAUGCUGGAAGGGUGUUGUUUCCGAGAAACCCACAGGCCAGCUAUAUAAGGGGGUUGAAUAUUCUGGCUUCCUCUGGGACACGACAGCUGGCAUCGAGCUGAGGGAUGCCUCCUUACAGGAGAACACGCACACUAACGGCAAUGGGAAGCACGCCUAUCCUCACCCUCACCUUGCACGUUUCAAGGUUGGAAUGAAUGAUCUAACACUGGUUAACCUUCAUCUGGCCCUGUUACCCUCAGCAGGAGAGAAUCCAGGGAAGAAUCACGAUAGCCACAAAUUAGCAACCUUUGCACAAACUCUGCAGGAAACCCUGAAAGGAGAAAAAGAUGUGAUCAUCUUAGGUGAUUUUAACCAAGCCCCAGACAGCAGUGACCACGAUCUUUUGAGAAAGGAAAAAUUCCAUCACCUAGUCCCUGCAAAUACAUUUACAAACAUCAGCACAAAGAAUCCACAGGGAUCUAAGUCGCUGGAUAACAUCUGGAUCAGUCGAACCUUGAAAAAGGUUUUCACAGGUCACUGGGCCGUUGUGAGAGAAGGCCUUACAAAUCCAUGGAUCCCGGAUAACUGGUCCUGGGGAGGUGUGGCUUCAGACCAUUGCCCUGUAUUAGCUGAAUUUUACAUGGAAAAGGACUGGAACAGAAAAGAGGUGACCCGAAAUGGAAAUGGAGUGACUGUAGAAUGCAGAGAUUCAAACAUUAAACAUGAACGAUGAUGAACUAGGGCGUGGCAUGGGGCAGUCAGAAGAUCCCAUUGCUUGAGGCUUAACUAUGAAUCAGAACUGCCUUUCCCCCCCCUCAUUUAGAAAGCAUUAGCCUCUGCUUUUGAUGAUGUCUCUCUCCUACCCCUGAUGCUCUUCAUGGAUGUUUUAGAGUAUCUCAUUGCAGCUGAGCAAUUUGUAACUCGUUACCGACACAAUGGAUGCAUCCAUGCCUGGAGAGUUGGAUGAGAAUCAUACAGAAAAUGAAAUGCACUUUUACUACUGCACAUUAUCUCUGUUAAAACCCAACAGAACAGGGUUGUUGGUUUGUUUGUUUUUUGUUUUGUUUUGUUUUCUUGGUUUUUUUUUCAGUUAAUGUUUUUAAUUGAUUCCUUGUAAAGUGAAGCAAUAACAGAGACCAUAAAGAGAGAAAAGAGACAUGCCUUGGGAACUGUCAGUGAUUUGUCAAGUAUAGUUUUAACACUUGCAAGAACUGCCAUGACACUUCUUUCUGACCAAUACAUGAUCUGAGCUGAGGAUUACAUAGAGCUAGUUUUAUUCCUUUGAGCUCAGAGAGACAAAUGUAUCCCCCAGUUCUCCCUUUGCUCUUGAGGGUGGAAAGUCAUUUACUCCCCCAGUGUGCACCCAGCCAGCUACUUAUCCUGGCAGUGACAAUCUAGUACCCAUGAGUUAGCAUUUUUAACAAAGGGCUGUCUGUACAGUGCGGUAGUGCACAUCACUGGGUGUGAAGUCUAAUGCUAACCAACAUCACCAACCAAGACUAAGUUCAUGUGCAUGAGUGAACUUUUAGUGUGCACCAGCAGGGAUUAAUGGAAUAUGACACUUUAGUGCACAUAGAAUUCACAGCCCACUGAUAUGCUUUACUGCACUAGAUAGGCAAGUCCUCCCUUACACGUUCCUGAGAGGGACUACACUCCUAGAGUCAUAUAGUUUAAGGCCAAAAGAAAUAAACUCCUUUAGUCUGACCCCCUGUAUAUAACAUGCCACCAGCACCCACACGCUAAACCCAACAACUGAAAUUAGACCUAAGUAUCACAGUCCACUUUAGACUGGACUGUUAUGAGCCACAGGCAGAGAAUACGAGGGACUGAGAUGCACUAGUAUACAAGGCCAACACUGUGGCAGGGAAAUGAUUAAAUGAAGUAUACUCGGAUCAUCCUGUCAUGCAAUUUUCACCCACCCACUGCAGAGGAAAGCAGAAACCCAGAGUCACUGCCAGUCUUGACUUGGGGAAAAAUUCCUUUGUGACCCCCACAUACAACAAUUACCUGAGCCUGUGAGCAAGAAUAUACCAGCCAAACACCUAAGAGACAGAAUGUUCAGAGCCAUCUCAGAGCUCUGGGCUCACCCACCUAUUGUCCAACCUCCAGCCAUGGCUUCAGAGGAAGGACAACAACAAAACUGGAAUACAUCGGGAAGUUGGGUGAAUUCUGAUGUCUGUAGAUGCUGGCUGCAACCAUGAAGCAUAAGCCUUGAAGAGCAUAAGAAAGAAACCAGAAAUGAGUUCCUGACCUGCUGUCCAUCACAAGCAACCCCAUCAUACAGUCACACUCAUAAAUUUGACCAGCUUCCUCAAAUUGAGUUAUGAUGUUUUCCCCCACAACUCCUAUUGAGAGGUUGUUCCAGAGCUUCUCCUCUCUGAUGGUUAGAAAUUUUGUUCUAUUUUCCAGCCUGGACUUGUUCAUGGCCGGUUGAUAUCCAUUUCUUCUUGUGCCGACAUUGUCCUUUAGCUGAAAUUGAUGUUCACCUGCUCCGGUAUUUACCACCCUGAUGUAUUUACAGAGAACAAUCAUAGUCCUCUCAGCCUUCAUUUGGCUUGACUAAGCAGGUCAAGCUCUUCUGGUAUGAUAGGCCCACCAUUCUCUGGAUUGUUCCUGUAGUUCUUCUCUCCACCUUUCCAUUCUGAACUCCUCUUCCUUGAAUAAUAUAUCUGUGAGAUGUGUGGGGCAGCGUAGGGUAAGUUUAUUUCCCAUGCCAUGCCUGUCCUGUGGCAAAGGGACUUCAGUCAACAGGCUGCAGCCAAACCCUACAUUUGCACACAUGGAAAAUUCUAAAGUAAGUUUUGAAAUGCAGGAGACACAAAGCCAGUGAGGACAUGAAAAAGCCAGUAAGCAUUUACCAAAGGAAUGUGUUGAAUUUGGAAGGAGACAUAGCCCUGCCAAACAGCUUGCAAAGGUGCACUCUGUUCCAGCCGCCCACAGACCCAACACAGUACAAGGUUUGUAACAUUGGAGAAAAAACAAACAGCUUUAUGUACAAGAGGGUUAUUAUCAGUAAGUGCAUAAAAGCAAAAUACAUCCGUCAUCCUCACACCACUUCCAUUGUGCUGGCUUUUGGAAAUAAUGCCUAAACUCAAAUAGUAGUAACCAAGUGAUAUCACC